AUGUCGCCCACGGUUCAGGCUCUCGAGGUGGACGAGGCUAAAUCGGCAUAUUAUGCACCAGCCACUGUUCGUGUGCAUGGAAACACCAUCUACGUCUCUGGCCAGGCCGGUGUUCAAUCAGACGGCUUGGUACCCAGCGAUUAUGAGUCCCAGAUUCAUCUAGCUCUUGUGGCACUGCGAAAAAUUUUGAUCACGGCUUCGGCGACCGUCGCCGAUAUUCUCAAGCUUACGCUCUACAUUGUCAACUACGACGCCGAUAAUCGCAAGCACGCGAAGCCGCUUCAGAAAUUUCUGAAUGGCCACAGACCAGCCAUCACUCUGGUGCCGGUUGCACAGCUGGCAGACCAGAGGUGGCUGUUUGAGAUGGACGCCGUCGUGGCACGGCCUUUGUCAACCGAAGUCUUGGGGCAGAGUCGACCGACUCCAUCUCAACGAGCGGAACGACCAGAUGUGGAUGUGGUCAUCAUUGGCGCCGGCCUGGCUGGACUCACAGCUGCUGAGCGUAUUAUCAAAGCCGGCUUUUCAUGCCUCAUCCUAGAGGCCAGAGGUCGCGUCGGUGGCCGCACCUCCAGCCAGCCCCUUUCCGACGGUCAAGGCAUCAUCGAAAUGGGAGCUGCCUGGCUGAAUCGCACGAAUCAAAGCCGGACUAUUGCUCUCGCAAAGAGAUUCGGGGCCGAGCUUAUCCAACAAAACACUACGGGCAAAUGUGUGCUCCAGGAUGGGAAGGGAAACAUCAUUCACUUUCCUUACGGCGAUGUUCCUGACAUUCAAACUACCACAAAAGAUCACCUGAUCAAGAUUCGUGAUACGAUUGAGAAUGACUGUCAGAAAGUCGAUCGCUCGUUUCCUCGAGAUCCAUACUUGGACUCGAUCACGUUUGCCGAAUACCUACGUAGCCAUGGGGCAGACCCGGAUGCAGUUGCUACGGCCACCCUUUGGACGCGGGCCAUGUUGGGACAGGAGCCCGAGGACAUCUCUGCUCUUUUCUUCUUGCACUACUGCAAAUCGGGUGGAGGUCUGCUGCAGAUGCGUUCCGACAGAGAGCACGGCGGCCAAUUCUUGCGUGUGAGGCAAGGCACGCAACACCUGGCCAACAGUCUUGCCGCGUCUCUCCCAGCGAAAACCAUCCGGCUGUCCAGCCCUGUGACAACGGUCGAAAGCCUCGAUACACGCAGGAUCCAAAUCUCGGGUCCAAACGUCAAUGUUACCGCUCACAAAGUCAUCAGUGCCGUUCCCCCACCCGUUCUUUCAAAGUUGACAUUUAUUCCGGCCCUUCCAUCGUCAAAAACGCUGCUGGCGAGUUCCCAUCAGUAUGGAUUCUAUAGGAAAGUCAUGAUAUCAUUUCGCAGCCCCUUUUGGGUGAACAAGGGCUUCUGUGGCCUUGUCCAAUCGUUCCAUGGCCCCAUCAGCGUCAUACGUGACACCAGUGUUCCAGCUGACAACAAACACGUCUUGACAUGCUUCAUGGCCGGCUCUCCCGGUGAAAAGUGGUCACAAUUGCCUCCCAAACGACGCAAAGAAGCUCUUCUUCACCACAUAGGCGAUGUAUUUGGAGAACCAACAAAGGUCAAGGAGCUGGUCAUUGAGAUUUUGGAUUAUGCCUGGAACGAGGAUAGUUUUAGCGGGUACGGAUGUCCGUCUGCUUCGUUGCCACCUGGGGUGUUGAGCUCUGUUGUCGAUGUGACCAGAGAUGCUGUGGGCGACAUUUACUUUAUAGGCACGGAAACUGCCGAAGAAUGGAAGGGGUAUAUGGAAGGAGCAAUUCGUAGCGGCGAGAGAGGAGCUUUGGAGGUUAUCCGUGACUUCAACCACAUCCCCCCCAAGAUCUAG